AUGCCAUCAGUUUACCGGACUAUCAAGUCUGACAGACGAAUGGGUUUUGCACCCGUCAAAAUCGAUAGUCAUAGCGCACACCCCUUCUUUCUUUCUUUCUUUCUUUCUUUCUUUCUUUCUUUCUUUCUUUCUUUCUUUCCAUUAUCAAUCUUCCCUUCUUUCUUUCCCUUCCUUCUUUCUUUCCAUUCUUUCUUUUGCUUUAUUCUUUCUUUUUUCUUUUGUUUAUCUGAUUCAUUUAUUCAUUUUUUUAACUUUUUUUAUCGGUUCCUUCUUUUGCUAAAUUAUCUUUUACUCAUUUUCUUUAUCUUCUUUCUCGGUCUUUGUGUUUCUUUUUUUUUUUUUUUUUUUCUUUUGUCUUCCUUUCGUUCAUUCAAUCUUUCUUUCUUUCUCUUGCUCAAUUUUUGCUCAUCUUUUCUUCUUCUUUUUUUAAACAUUUCUCUCGUCUUCGAGGAACGCGAAUAUCUAUCCUUAGAUGCAGUGCUAUUCGUUUUUCUUCACCGUUUAUAUUCAUUUCUAUCUAUCUAUCUAUCUAUCUAUCUAUCUAUCUAUCUAUCUAUCUUAGUCUGGGUACAUAUUUCACUCUGUCUCAAUUUCAUUAGUAAAAUAUCUUAG